CAACUCAACUCACUCAAACACUAAAACACACACAAAACAAUCACUAUGAAGAAACCUUCAGUGAUCUCUUUUCUCAUCACUCUCCUGUUGGCUGCAGCUGUCUGCAUCCACGGAGGCGAACCGGUGAUCGACAAGGACGGCAAUCCAGUUAAACUCCGUGAGAAAUACUUCAUCCAGCCGGUGAAGACCAAGACUAACAACGGCGGUGGUCUUGUCCCAGCCACCACUAGUAUACUUCCACCCUAUUGUCCACUUGGCGUCACCCAAACAAUCCUUCCGGACCAACCGGGGUUACCGGUUAGCUUCACAUUACCAUACGUUGUAGAGGAAACCGACGUCCUGACAUCUUUAGUAGUAAACAUCGAGUUCAAGUCCAAUAUCUGGGCCUGCAAUGAGUUUUCCAAGUUUUGGAAAGUUAAUGAAACCUCAUCAUCGGCUAGCGAGGAGCCUCUCAUUCUCGUUGGUGGUACACGGCGGGAACCAAAUAGCUGGUUUAUGAUUGAGAUUGCCGGAGAAGGACCAGAAGCAAACACUUACAAGUUGACCACCUCAACCGGAACCGUUGGAGCCGUCCCAGGGGUUUGGUUUAAUGCACCGCAACUAGUUCUCACUAAGGAUAAUGCUAAGACCGUACUCGUCAAAUUCAAGAAGGUGGAAGAUGUCACUACGGCGACUACUUCUACUACUCGGGUUGAGAAGUUAGGUCUAAGGAUGUUCCCAUUCUACUAGCCAACUGGUAAAAAUCAUGUAAUAUAUGCCUGAGACUCGUUCAUGGCCAAAAAAUAACGGGUUGAGAUAAUACCCGCUUGCAUGUUCCUAUUUUCCAUAAAUAUAAUUUAAGUAUGUUU